AGUGGCAGGGAAGGUAAAAUGAAUAGGGGCGGUUGUGUCGGUCCGGAAGAAGUGUGAGAUACUUGAGAAUUCUCUUUUUAAUUUCGCCAGCUGCUGCAGGAAAGAUAGUGGUUCCUUCCUUCUUCUGAAAGACAAUCUCAGAAACAUGUGGAACAAUAUUGAGCUGCUAACAAACGAUGACACUGGAAGUGGAUGCCUGAGUGUUGGCUCAAGAAAAGAAAAUGUGACUGCAUUGUACCAGGCCGACUUGCUUGGGAAGAUCUCCUCUGAGAAGACCUCACUGAGUCCGAAGAUCCAAGCAUUCAGCUUAAGCCAUGGAUUUAUAAUCGUUGCAGACCAGUCAGUGAUAUUGCUUGACAGUAUAUGCAGAUCACUCCAGUUGUUUCUUAUCUUUGAUACUGACGUGGAUGUGGUCGGCCUGUGUCAAGAAGGAAAGUUUCUCUUUGUGGGGGAGAGAAGUGGCAACUUCCACCUUAUCUACGUCACAUCGAAGCAAACGCUGUUCACCAAGGCUUUUGUGGAGAAAGCUUUGGACGAGCGUCAGCGAACAUACCAGAAUCUCAUUAUUGAGAAAGAUGGUUCAAAUGAAGGUACCUAUUAUAUGUUGCUUCUAACGAACAAUGGAUUUUUUUAUAUUACAAACCUCCAGCUUUCACAAAUUGAACAGGCCAUUGAGAAUACAGACUUGGAUUCAGCCAAGAAGUUACAAGGACAAUUCAAAUGUAAUUUUAUUUCUACUGAAAAUUACCACAGUUUUGGUUGUCUCAGUCUUGUGGCAUCUCAAUCUGGAACAUUUGCAAGUAAAACUUCUGUGAUAAUUGGGGGAACUGGUAGUUGUGCAUUCUCAAAAUGGGAACCCGAUUCUACCAAGAACGAAAUGUCUCUUAAGAACUUUGUGGGCACAGACAUUAUUAAAGGUGCAAAGUCCUUUCAGCUGGUCGACAGCCUACUUUUUGUGCUGGAUACUGAUAAUGUGCUGAGCUUGUGGGAUGUUUACACUCUCACUCCUGUGUGGAACUGGCCCUCUCUUCCCAUAGAGCAGUUUGUCCUCACGACAGAAGCGGAUUCUCCCUCAUCCGUUACCUGGCAAGGAAUUACAAAUCUCAAAUUAGUCACCCUGACAGCAACAACGAAGGAGAAGAUGAGAAGCCUCAUCAUUUACUCUCUGCCUUCGAUGGAAACACUGUACUCCUUGGAAGUAUCUAGUGUUUCUUCUUUAGUCCAAACAGGAAUCAGCACGGACACUAUAUAUCUUCUGGAAGGAAUUCACAAAAAUGAUCCUAACCUAUGUGAAGACUCUGUGUCUGACUUAGUACUUAGGUACCUCACAGAGGUGUUACCAGAAAACAGACUGAGCCGGUUACUUCACAAGCACAGAUUUGCCGAAGCCGAGAGCUUUGCCAUUCAGUUCGGACUGGAUGUUGAGCUUGUUUAUAAGGUCAAAUCAAAUGAUAUGUUGGAGAAGCUGGCUUUGAUUUCCUCGGACAAGAGUGAACAGUCCAAAUGGCAGCAACUUGUAGAUGAAGCUAAAGAAAACCUAUGCAAAAUCCAGGAUGAUGACUUCGUGGUGAAUUUCUGCCUCAAGGCCCAAUGGGUAACCUAUGAAACCACGCAGGAAAUGCUCAGUUAUGCCAAAACCAGGCUCAUGAAGAAAGAAGACAGAACUCUACCUGCCUCUUCUGAUGCCUUCAUGGAGGUGCUAAAAGCUCAUGCAAAGUUAACUACAUUUUAUGGAGCUUUUGGACCAGAAAAAUUCAGUGGUAGCUCUUGGAUUGAGUUCCUGAAUAACGAAGAUGACCUCAGGGAUGUUUUUUUGCAGCUAAGUGAAGGAAACUUCGCUUGUGCUCAGUAUCUUUGGCUUAGACAUCGGGCUGACUUUGAAAGCAAGUUCGACGUGAAAAUGCUGGAGAAUUUGCUGAAUUCAAUAUCUACACCAUUCCCCUUGGAAAACCUUUGUUCCUGGUUUAAAAAUGAAGUGAUCCCUUUUGUGAGGAGGAUUGUGCCUGAAGGACAAAACAUUCUUGCAAAAUGGCUGGAACAAGCAUCAAGGAACCUAGAGUUAACUGAUAAGGCAAACUGGCCAGAAAAUGGACUUCAGCUGGCAGAGGUGUUCUUCACUGCAGAAAAAACAGACCGGUUUGGAUUCGCAUCUUCUUGGCACUGGAUUUCCUUGGAUUAUCAAAACACAGAGGAAGUCUGCCAGUUACGGACCCUGGUGAGCAAGUUGCAGGAGCUAAUCAUUCUGCACAGGAAGUACAGCUGCAAGCUGGCCCUCGAGGACUUUGAGAAGGAAAAUGCCACCACUGUGGUGUUCCGCAUGUUCGACAGGGUCUCGGCCCCAGAGCUGAUCCCUUCCGUCUUAGAGAAGUUUGUGAGAGUUUACAUUCGCGAACAGAAUCUGCAGGAGGAGGAGCUACUGCUGCUCUAUAUAGAGGACUUACUGAAGAGGUGUAGCUCAAAGUCAAUGACUCUCUUCGACACAGCGUGGGAAGCAAAGGCCAUGGCCGUGAUAAGAUGCUUGUCUGACACAGAUCUCAUCUUUGAUGCUGUGCUGAAGAUAAUGUACAAGGCGGUGGUUCCCUGGAGUGCAGCCGUGGAGCAGCUGGUGAAACAGCACCUGGAAAUGGACCACCCCAAAGUCAAGUUAUUGCAGGAAAGCUACAAACUGAUGGAGAUGAAGAAACUUUUGCGAGGGUAUGGGAUAAGAGAGGUGAAUCUCCUGAACAAGGAAAUAAUGAGAGUGAUCCGAUACAUUCUAAAGCAAGACGUCCCGUCUUCUUUAGAAGACGCUCUGAAGGUGGCCCAGGGGUACAGGCUGUCUGAUGACGAAAUCUACAGUCUGAGAAUCAUCGAUCUGAUUGACAGGGAGCAGGGGAGAGAUUGCCUCCUGCUACUGAAGUCUCUGCCUGCCGCUGAAGCCGAGAAGACUGCAGAAAGGGUUAGCAUCUGGGCUCGACUGGCACUGCAGGAGGAGCCUGACGGCUCUGAGGAGGACAAGGCCUGGAGAAUAUCUGUGGCGAAGACAUCAGUGGAUAUUCUCAAGAUCCUGUGUGAUAUUCGAAAAGACAAUCUGCAGAAGAAGGAUGAAUCUGAAGAAUUCCUGAAGCGAUUUCAAAUGGUUGCUAGUUUGCAGGAGAACUUUGAGGUCUUCCUUCCGUUUGAAGACUACAGCAAUACCGCCUUGGUAGCUGGCCUUCGAGAACAGUAUAUUAAGGCACAGGAAGCUGCCCAGGCUGAGCACAAACACAGGGGACCCCCCGGGCCCACCCUGGCCAAGGGGACACACCUGAGCAUCAAGUCAAAGCUGCACCGACAGGCACUGGCCCUGCAGGUGUCUGAACAGGAGCUGGAGGCAGAGCUGACCUUGAGAGCCUUAAAGGACGGGAAGGUGGUGGCCGCCCUGAGCAAAUGCAGAGAUUUACUUAAGCAUUACUGCAAUGCCGACACUGGGAGAUUACUGUUUGUGGUGUGUCAGAAGCUCUGUCAGAUGUUGGCUGACGAUGUUCCAAUGGUGGCCCCAGGAGGACUCAGCCUUCCUUCUGAGAUCCAUGACCUCGCAUGCCAUGCUGUCACCAUCUGCAGUCCAGAUUAUUUGCUGGAUGUUUUAGAACUAAGUAAAUACACUUUAACUGCUGUGGAGCUUUGCAGACAAUGCCAGAUGGAUGACUGUGGAAUGCUGAUGAAGGCCGCUCUUGGAACUCACAAGGAUCCCUAUGAAGAGUGGUCCUUUAGUGACUUCUUCAGUGAAGAUGGAAUUGUUCUCGAGUCCCAGGUGGUGCUGCCUGUCAUCUAUGAAUUGAUCUCAUCAGUGAUGCCCCCUGCAGAAAGCAAAAGACAUCCUUUGGAUUCUAUAAGUUUGCCAUACUGCUCCACUAGUGAAGGAGAAAACCGUAUUCUCCCUCUUGUAAGCUCCAUCUCUGCUCUGCUCCGGAGCCUCCAGGAAUCUAGUCAGUGGGAGCUAGCCCUGAGGUUCGUGGUGGGCUCCUUUGGUACCUGCCUGCAGCACUCUAUGUCAAACGUCAUGAGUAUCAGCUUGAGUAAAAAGUUACUUGGCAAGAACACAUUGGCGAACUCCAGGCAUAUCAUUAUGGAAUUGAAAGAGAAGUCCAUCACAUUUAUCAGAGAAAAUGCUACGACACUUCUGCAUAAAGUGUUUAACUGUCGUGUGGUGGAUCUGGACCUCGCCUUGGCUUACUGCACUCUCUUACCUCAAAAGGAUGUGUUCGACAACCUCUGGAAGUUCAUAGAUAAAGCGUGGCAGAAUUACGACAAAAUUCUGGCAUUAUCUUUGGUGGGCUCUCAGCUGGCAAAUCUCUACCAGGAUAUUGAAACAGGACUUCGGUUCCAUGAGCUCAGUAUUGAUGCCAAGUGGGGUAUUCGUCUUGGUAAACUUGGUAUUUCUUUUCAGCCUGCUUUUAGACAAAAUUUUCUCACCAAGAAAGACCUUAUUAAAGCUCUUGUGAAUAACAUAGACAUGGACACCAGCCUCAUUCUGGAGUAUUGCAGCACAUUUCAGCUGGACUCUGACGCUGCCCUUCGGCUGUUCAUUGAAACUCUGCUCCACAACACUAGCAGCCAGAGCCAGGGAGAUGCUGCCCUGGAGUCCACAAAGGAUCAGCAUUCCAAACUCCUGGCGAAAGCCACUGAGAUGGUCCCUUUACUGAAGAACACAAAGGAUCUGGUGAUCAGUCUAAGUGAGGUCCUCUAUAAGCUGGACCCAUAUGAUUAUGAAAUGAUUGAAGUUGUCCUGAAAGUUUUAGAACAAGCUAAUGAAAAGAUAACCAGUGUGAACAUCAAUCAGGCUCUGAAUCUUCUGAAACACUUGAAGUCAUACAAAAGAAUCUCCCCACCAGUGGACCACGAAUACCAGUACUCGCUGGAGCACAUGAUCACUCUGCCGCCCGCUGCUCACACUAGACUGCCCUUUCACCUAAUACUGUUUGGCACAGCACAGAACUUCUGGAAAAUUCUCUCCUCAGAGCUCAGCGAAGAGUCACUGCCAACCCUGCUCUUAAUCGCGAAGCUCAUGAAGUUCUCCCUAGAUACUCUCUAUGUGUCUACCGCCAAACACUUGUUUGAAAAAAACCUGAAGCCAAAGCUCCUGAAGUCAGCACAAGCCAGGUCCUCCACCCUGAUGAGCAAGGAAGUGGACAAGCUCAUGCAGACGCUGGAGUCGUACCUCCUGUCCAUCGUCAACCCUGAGUGGGCCGUUGCCAUUGCCAUCAGCCUCACCCAGGAAGUCCCAGAAGGCCCCUUCAAGAUGUCUAGUUUGAAGUUCUGCCUGUAUUUAGCUGAGCGGUGGCUACAAAACAUCCCACCUCAGGAUGAGACGUGUGAAAAGGCCAAGGCCUUGCAGAAGAAGCUCUGCCUCCAGGUCCGGCUCUCAGGAACAGAAGCCGUGCUCAUAGCCCACAAGCUGAACGAUCAGGAAUAUUUAAGAGUGAUAGGGAAGCCAGCGCACCUCAUCGUGAGCCUCUACGAACAUCCCAGCAUAAGCGAAAGGCUUUGUACCACAUCUGGCAAAGAUCAUCCCGAUAUCCAUGCAGCCGCUAAAGAAAUAGCCGAAGUCAAUGAAGUUAAUUUGGAAAAAAUCUGGGACAUGUUGUUGGAGAAAUGGCUGUGCCCCUCAACGGUGCCCAGUGAGAAAGCAUCGGAGUUCUUUGAGUUGGAAGAGGAUGAAGUGCUGCAUAGAGUCGUGUAUCUCCUCCAGGCUCGCCCUGUUGAUUAUUGUUCGAGAAUGCUGUUUGUAUUCGCCACUUCAGCUACAAGUAUGCUGGGCAUGCGCCAGCUAACGUUUGCCCACAAAGCACGAGCUCUGCAGUGUCUCCUCUAUUUGGCUGACAAGGAAACAAUAGAAUCUCUCUUCAAAAAGCCCAUUAAAGAAAUGAAAUCCUAUCUGAAAUGUAUAACUUUCCUGGCAUCAUUUGAGACGUUGAAUAUUCCCAUCACGUAUGAAUUAUUCUGCAACAGUCCCAAAGAAGGCAUGAUUAAGGGCUUGUGGAAGAACCACAGCCACGAACCUAUGGCGGUACGAUUGGUGGCAGAGCUUUGCUUAGAAUACAAAAUCUACGACCUGCAGCUUUGGAAUGGGCUCUUGCAGAAGCUUCUGGGCUUCAACAUGAUUCCUUACCUGAGGAAAGUGUUAUCCUGCAUUUCUAGCAUCCAUUCGUUAUGGCAGGUGCCCUACUUCAGCAAAGCUUGGCAGCGUGUGAUCCAGAUCCCUCUGCUCUCAGCUUCCUGUCCUUUAAGACCCAGUCAGUUAGCAGACUGCUGUGACAGUCUCGUCGCUAUCCUUGAAUGUCCAGUUUCAGAUGACCUGGACCUGAUGGGAGUCGCCAAGCAGUACGUCCAGUUAGACCUUCCUGCUUUUGCUCUGACCUGCCUGAUGCUCAUGCCCCACUCUGAAAAAAGACACCAGCAGAUCAAGAAUUUUCUGAAUUCCUGUGAUGCUCAGAUCAUUUUACAGCAGUUAGAAGAACAUAUGAACACUGGCCAGCUAGCAGGGUUUUCACAUCAGAUUAGAAGUCUGGUUCUGAAUCAUGUUGUAAAUAAGAAGGAAUUUGGGAUCUUGGCAAAGACAAAGUACUUUCAGUUGUUGAAAUGCCAUGUGAUAAACACCGGCAACGUCACUGAAUUGGUAAACUAUUUGGCAAAUGACUUCAGUGUAGAUGAAGCAUCAGCGUUGAUAAAUGAGUAUUCAAAGCAUUGUGGGAAGCCUGUGCCAGCAGAUGCAGCUCCCUGUGAGAUCCUGCAGACAUUUCUUGGUGGAUCGUAGUAAAACAAACAAGUUUUCAAAACAAGAGGAAGUCUGGAGUCUGCCGCUAAUUAAUCAUAUUUAUUGCAGCUUAUAAAUUGUGCAAUCUCUGUUUCAUUAUCCUGUAAGGAAUAAAUAAGACAUUCAAUAUUGACCUAACUGACUUGAAUGUCUCAUAUGAUGAAUCAAUAAACUAUGUGCACAUAGUUUUGA